AUAGUGUGGAGCUCUCUUCAUGGUCUGUGCCACCUGCUGACAAAACCAAGGGGUCUGGAGCAUUUGAGUUGAAUGAGGUUUGUGCUGUGUGCCGGCAGGCUUUCCUUUGAAGGGAAAUGAUUCCGCAUGAAGUACAGCGCACUCGGCCCCCCAUCAUCCUCUGCAACAGCAGCAGGUGUAACAUUGUGAUGCUCUCCCCUGCCACACUUGGCUCCCGUCUCAGGUGCUAAAGAUUGCUGGACAGAUUACACGGCUCUACUUCCUCUGCUCUAACUACCCCCCCAUAUAGUCAUUUAAAAACUCUUCUUUUUUUAAAGAAAGACAAUCUGCAGUUUUUGAUGACCUGAGUUAAGAAAGAACAUACAAGACUUUAAUUAUAGUUAAUUAAAUGUAAAAUAAAGCUUUAAAAUUAAAGAAGAAACGAAAGUGAAAUAGAAAGUCAGGGUGAAAGUUUAAAAAAAGAAAAGGAUAAGUGUUUGGACAAAACUUAAAGGAAGAUAAGGAAAGUAUAGUUAAAGGACAAAAGGGGAGAACAGCAUGAAGUCAAACCAGGAACGCAGUAAUGAAUGUCUACCCCCCAAGAAGAGGGGCACGUCGAGCACGUUACCAUGUGAAAAUCGCUCACCUACCAUAGCAGCUGUUGGUGACAGCCAGCGCGUGGAGAACAUGACCUGUCCUAGUGUGGCUGGUGGGAAAGAGACCAGUACGGGUCCACACCUUAGCUCCAGUCAGUCUGACGGACCCCACUAUAAGUCCCCCUCCUCCUUACCAGAUUCUUCCUCACUGAGGCUAGUGUCAACGCUUCCUGCAGUGUACACAUCUCCCCUGUCACAGUCCACAGUUGGAGGAACUGUCCAUUACACACAGCUGCCUCCCAAUAUGCAGUUUAUAACUUCAACCUAUACUCCUCCAUACACGGGCUAUCUUUCCCCUCAGCUAUUACCACCUCCUCCUCCACCUCCUCCACUCUCCUCCUCCUUUUCCUCAGCCACACAUAGACCCUUAUACACAGAGACAACAUCUGGUCCCUCACAGAUCUCCAAACACAAUCAGCAGCGAGUGAACAUGGGCCGCACCUCCAUGCCUCCUCCAUCUACAGACCCUGUCCCUCAUCACAAUCAAAUGUCAACAUCCCCACGGACUGCACCGUCACCACACCACCAAGGAGGCGCUCACCUUCCAUCCCAGUCCAUACAUCCCCACUACAAUUUAGGAGCUGGUAUGUCCCAGCUUGUGGUGAAAUAUAUGGAUGGGCCCACCAGGAAAGAGGAAGUUGGCCCCAGACACAGGGAGCUUCUCAACGGGGAGCUGGAACGAGUCAGACGGAUUGGAUCGUCUUGCGAGUCUAGUCUCUCAAAGUCAGGGAGUAAAUCAAGGGAGGCCAUGUCACCUUUGUCUUCCUAUGAGGUCCGCUCGCUAGUUACUCCAUCAGACUACUCUGUUCCUGAUCACUUAGGCUUGAGAACCUCUGUCAUGUUGAUGCCUAAUAGCCAUGGGGACCACCAGUUGGUACCACCUAGAACCAGCCCUGAAAAGCUGACAGCUUCUGCCCCCGCACACCUGGAGAAAGGUGGCAUUGUUAUGGGCAAGCCUGUCAGUCGCACAGCCUCCUCAUCUCACACCACCUGUUCUUUCACAUUUCCACCCCCACAAAGUGCAGAGAGUCUGAAAGCAGCUGUUGGCACAUUUUCACCCCAGACUGUGAUCCAGACCACCCACAACGCUACAGAGCCACUGUCAAUGGGACUCCCUUCUACGACUAUCUACCCACAACCUCCUAUUAUUGGUUACAUUGCAGGGGGCAGUGGGAGCAGUUACCACACCAGCCUACAGCAACACUUACUCAUUUCAGGCACCCAACCCGUCAUCAUCCCGGUCAGUGGUGGUGGAGUCCCCACACUGGAACCAGUAACCUCCCACAUUACAUCAUCUACCCAAGCCUCAUCUUUUCCUGGUACACUCCCACAUACAUACAUCGCUGCCACUGCCCAAAAAGGAGAAACUCUGGACGCCCAAAGUGGCCCGAUCCACAUUGCUUCUUCAGGUGCAGUGGUUCAAGCCCAGCUUCAUCUCCCCAUUGUUCCCACUUCGCCUGGGCUGGUCACAGCCACCACUCCUCCUGUCCCCACUACUCCUUCUCUCCCGCCAUACUUCAUCAAGGGUUCUAUCAUUCAGUUGGCUGACGGGGAGCUGAAACGAGUGGAGGACCUGAAGACAGAUGACUUCAUUCAGAGUGCGGAGAUCAGCAGUGACCUGAAAAUUGAUUCAUCCACGGUAGUGCGGAUUGAAGGGAGCCACGGCUCACCUAACUGUGCUGUUGUUCAGUUCGCCGUUGGGGAGCAUCGCGCACAGGUGAGUGUGGAAGUCUUGCUGGAGUACCCCUUCUUCGUCUUUGGCCAAGGAUGGUCUUCCUGCUGCCCCGACCGGACCACCCAGCUUCUGGAACUACCUUGUACCAAGCUUUCUGUGGGAGAUGUUUGUAUUUCACUGACACUAAAGAACCUGAAGAAUGGAUCUCUGAAGAAGACCCAACCACUGGAGCUAAUCACCCAAACGUCUACCCUACCCCCAAGCCAUUGGCACCUGAAAGCCCCCAGAGCUGUCUCAGACGCCCCCCAGAGCUGCAGUGGAGGAAACUCCAGGCACAAGGAGUGGGAGAAUGGGAUCAGCCAGCGGGGGAGCGGUGAAAGUGGGAUUGGGAGUGGAGAGGGUUCCAGUGUGGAAAAUGGAGAUGUCGUGUUUGGAGACAGGGGAUCUGUUUGCAAAGCUCAGGUUGGUGGCAGCACAGAAGCUGGCUCCAGUAAGCCAGGAGGCAGGAAGAGGAGAUGGUCUGCUCCUGAGGGUCGAAAAGUAGAAAAAUCUGAGGAAGAGCCACCUUUGACCUUGCCUAAACCUUCAUUCAUCCCUCACGAGGUGAAGGUCAGCAUUGAGGGAAGGUCGAAUAAUGGCAAGUAAAGGCUAGCAGGACUGUUAAAAGCCUUGGGAUUAAAAAAAA